GCCUCCUUAGUAGUACCUGAGUAACCGCAGAGGAAGCGAGUACUUGUUGUGCGCGCCAGGCCUGCCAAGCUACCUGCCAUACCCUCAUUACCUGUCGCUACCUCUCAUUACCUCCCACACGCUUAAUUACCUUUUCGUACCGGACUCCACCGCUUGUGACUGUGAGUACUGUGUGACGCUGCUGUGAGCAAAUAACCACCACAGCGCCCUGCGGAAAAACCUGCACACGAUGUUGGCCCAGCUCUCCUGUGACUUGUUACUGACGGUGUCGACGCUGGUGCUGCUCGCGCCCGAGCACGGCCACACCUCCAGGCUCCCGGCGCUCGAGCUCCCGUGGCAGCAGGAGGACCACCAGCAGGUCCUCAGCUCCAGCUCGUUCGACCAGGUACCUGCCUACAAGGUCUUCUACCAGACAGGGAAGAGUGAGGAGGACCUGCCGGUGUGCUCACCAUGGUCCGUUUGCAACAAGGUCGACACGUACGACACCCCGCGGGUAGAACGCCAGUGCAGGUGCCCCUCUGGCCAGACCUGCAGCGCCUCCCUCACGCCCUCCGACGGACACACCAUCACCGACAAGAAUCGCCAGUUUAAACUGUGUGAACCCAUCAAGAAACUGCCCAAGUGUCGCUACUUCCGCGAUGUCACGUGGACCUUCAUCACGUACCCGGACAACGUGACGCAGCAGAUCAUGCACUGCGCCUGCCCCAAGAACUCCGUGGCUUACAUCAUCAAGCGCCACGCCUUCCAGACCGAGCAGGGCCUCGGCUUCCAGUACAGCUUCGCCUGCUCACCUCAGAGCCGCCUCCGGUGUCAGCGCAAGGAGCCCUGUCGACUCUUCACGGUGAAGAAGCGCCCUCAGUUCGAGGAAGUGAACACGAACACCCUGUGCCAGUGCCCACACGGCCACCGCUGUCCCCGCCACCACAUGGACCCCGGCGUCAUCCCCGGCAAGACCUACACGGAGGAUUCCAUACGCACCUACAGCGGCUACUGCAUGUGAACGCCAGGAGGCCCUCCGAGCAGCGGUCCGCUCGACCGACCUACGCUUCUCUCCCAGAGCGCCUGGAGCUGCCUGUGCUCUUUCGUUGUGCGCAUCAGCGCAUCUUGCUCGUGAGCGCUGAACUCUUGUAUACAUGCACAGCGGGCCCCACUAAAACUAGUGUAAGUGUGAGUGUGGGGACGCCGCCACGCUAGGCAUGUCUCGAUCUUGCGGCAGCGGGUCUGGCCCACAGCAUCAUGUAGCGCCACGGAACGCGACGGCUUUCGUGGUUGUUCCGUGGCUACGCAUGGUGGUGGCACUCCUGCCCGUCGUGGGGGCGUCGGGAUGUGUUUGGAGAGAGAACGAAUGAGAGAGAAAGAGAGAGAGAGGCUGUCUGCACAGAGUAAACCACUGGCGUCAUGCACUGUCUCCAGCGUCAAGUUCUCGAUAACCUUCGCCUCUCGCUACUGUACCUGAAUACGCGACGUCGCACGCCCCUUCGUCGCUUCCGGGGCGUCACCGCAAGUCAUCGUGAGCACACGGACUUCACCGGAUCAUCUGCAUCAUUCCUGUUCUAAAUCGAUGAAUUAAUUCGCGUCUAGAGUUGGUCUCGUGCGUGGCAGGUGGACGACCCGGGGGCUUGGUACUCGGAUGCCCAGGACACACUCGGCUAUCCCGACGGGACUGGGCCUCUUGUAGAAGUCUUCUUAUUUUAUAUUUUUGCAUUGCUUAGCAGCCAUCCAUACUCUUUGACGAUAUUGCCAUAUUUCCAGUACAUACUCAGUUAUUAUUUAGGGACCCCUCAGGGCGUUGGAGCAGUAGCGGCCCCUGCAGCCUGCCGGAGCCGCGGCCUAGUGUCUCCGGAGGCAGCGGGAGGCGAGCGCUACCAAGCCGUGAGGCGGGAUGAGGUUGUUUCUCAGAAUGAAAAUACCUCCUCAGAUGUGAUGCCUCAGACCUCCCAUAUAUAUAUCGGCCUGUGACUUACUCGUUUGACUAUUAUUUCCAGUGAUAGUUGGACUCGGAUGUUGUAUAUGUUAAUGUGCAUAUGUCUUGACGAAAAUGAUGGAUAAAUAUAAUGCAUUUAUUUUUAGUUAACAUUAACGUGCUAGUCAGAUUAUAAUAUAAUGUUACAUGGCUUGUUAUGAUUGAGCCUCGUUCCUUCCUUAUCAGUCUUUGUUUUCUCUUCCUCCCCUAAAGUCACAGUCAGACGCAAUCUGUCUCCUUGACUCGUGUCAUCUUUAUCUCCGACGUGAGAACCUGUAGUUG